AGGAAAAGUAGAUAGUGGGCAGCAGGAAAUGGAGGACUCCGGGAAGGGAGAUGAGAUCGAGAAGAGGGGAGAGAAUGAGAACAAAGAAGAAACUCCCGAAGAAGCUGGUAGUGUCUUCAUGGAAGGUUUUAAGGCGGGCCUUGAAGCAGUCAGAAAGUCAAGUAUGUCAACAGCGAGUCCUUCAGCAAGCCUGGCAUCACUACACACAGAGGAGACCCAUCCCAAAAAGGGCCCAACGAUACACCAGGCGGCCAAGAUAGGGGACUUGGACAGACUGAAGGAGCUUGCCACGUAUUCAGAGGAGCUUGUGAGCCAAAUGGAUGAACGAGGCUGGACUCCCCUCCAUGUUGCUUGUGCUAAUGGCAGGCUGGAAGUAGUGAAGCACUUGUCUGUGAAGACAGCCAACCUGUACAAGGAGACACCUACUGGGUACACACCGAUGCACAUAGCUGCCAUGAACGGCCAUGUCAACUGUAUGAUGGUUCUGCACGCUAUGGGAUGUCCCAUCAACUCUCGCAGUGCAGACAGCCAGACCCCGCUGCACCUGGCCGCCAUGAACGGACACCCCGAGUGCUGCAAAUGGCUGCUGGCCAACCGUGCCUCACUGGACGCCAAGGAUGCCAUGGAGCGCUCUGCACUUGAACUGGCAGAAGAGUACAAGCAUGACACUGUGGCCCAGCUGCUGCAAACAUGCAGGAAGGAACUGGAGAGGAAAGACAGUUCCCUCACUCUGCUCAGGACAUCAGGAACAUCUAAAGAUGCUGAUGUUGGCCAGCCAGUGGAGGAAAGUGAAGAAACAGAGACGUGGCAUGAUGAUAAAGAAGAGCCUCCUAAGAAAACAGAGGAGAAGGGGAAAGAGGAGGACAGCUCUGCUAAGGACAGUGAAGAAGGUUCAGAUGAAGAUGAGGAGUCUGACAAGUUGGACGAUGCUCUGCCAGAAGCUGUGAAGAAGAAAGAGAAGGAGGCUCUUCUGGACAGGAAACGUUCGUAUCAAGAACAGCAGGAGAAGAUGGCAACAACCAACACCAGCUUCCUGGAUGCCAUCAGAUCAGAGUUUGAAUAAUACACAUGUAAAGAUUAUUUUACAAUAUAGGUGUGUCACACAAAUAAUGUAGAUGUACCAUAUUAGAGGGCAAUGGAAACAAAUUGUAACAAAUAGUUUUAACAAUCAUUCCUUCAAUAGGGAAACAAAAUACCAUACUCAUACCUCUGUCCCCAUAGCCCCAGGGUACCAUCCUCCAUAGAUACCACCAGCUCAUUCUUGUUGCUAGCCUGGGUACCAUCCUCCAUAGCCUGGGUAGUCAGCAACAAUCAGAGAGAGCCAACGGUACCUGUGGAGGAUGGUAUGCAGGCUAUCAGAAAUGCUCUUGAAGUAGCAGUGCUCAAAGGAGACUUGUACAUACAUGUAGAUGGAAAGCAUGCAGAAUAUUAUGAUGUCAGAGGUCUGUAGGUCAAUUUGAGUGAGUUUUCUGGUGGAAAAUGUACUGCCUUGUGUAAAUAGCUGCAAUACUGCAGGAUUAAUUGCUGAUGGGAUUAUCUAAUAAAUUGUCAUAAAUCCAUCCAGCAGAACUUACUAAGGGAAUAUAGUUUUAGUACAUACAUGUACUGGCUUUAAUUAAUACCAAGAUCUGGGAAUAGUGGAUGACUAAAAUCUGUGUGCAGUAAUAUAGAUUCAAUGAUUUUGUUUGACCAAAAGUGGGCAACAGAUUGAUUUUGUCUAGCAUGGUGCCAUCCUGUUUGUAUACCAGGGCUCCCAGUGAGCGAAUAUGGGAGCCGUGCUAUACAAAGGCGAUGGCACCCAGGAUAAAUUCCAUCCACCAGCCUGGUUCAAUGUCAGCUAUGAUUGAAGGUUAUUGUGAUGGGAGGUGGGGAGUAAGACUGCAAUACUUAAAGUACAUGUAGAUGAUGUCUCUGCAAUAUUAGUGGAUGUAUGAAAUUGAAGUGGUCCUUGAUUACAGAGAUUAUGUUCUUGUCUGUAUAUGUCUUCACCUUUAGAUACCAUUGGUAUGAUGUAACUUUUGUAUACACAGUUCUAGUGGAAUACUGGAGCUUACAUGUACAUGCUGUAUGAGGCUACAAUCUCCAUACAAAAUACAAGAAGAUAACUUUAAACUUAACUGCAAAGUUAAAUUGAUUUGGCCAAAAUGCAUCUGGACAUGCCAAGUGAUUUUCAUUGAUAUACUAGUAAUUCUAACAUGACUUUGUGAUGAUGGCAUGUCUAGAGAUCACAAUACUGUCUAUCUACUUCGAAUGCUACAUAUCUCGAAUACCGCAAUAGGAGAUUGAUAAUUGUAAGCUUCAUCACAUCCCAUUAGGUGCUAUAUACACACACUAGGCUAGUUGCUGCUACCAGAACAGUGAAACAAAAUAGGUGCAUGGUGCCAACCUUUAAAGAAAUAGCUGUUAUUUUUGUGGCAGAAGUAUUAUAAUAGCAGCUGUCUGCAUUUAAAUAAAUGUGUAGAUUUUUCCA